AUGGAAAACCCAGCUCCAGAAACGCGAGCGGAGCGGAUCGCCCGCUAUAAGGCGGAGAGGAGGCGGGAGCUGGCUGAGCGCUAUGGCAACCAGGAGGAAGAGCUGCCUUCUAAGUGGUCCAGGAGGGAGAGGGAAGGGCGAGAGGGACGUGACUCCGCCCUCACGGAUAAACCUUAUUUGGAAGAGGUAAAUGGCGGGGCGGGAAGGCGUGGCAGAGCUCCGCCUCAGCGAGAUCCGCCCCCUCCAAAAAUCUCCAAUGGAUUUGAGGGGGAACCCACUUCUGAAAACGCCUACCUGAGCAGGCAGUGUGAUGUGUUGGGUUUUGCUGGGGAGAACCUUCCGGAACCCCAGGGUUCUCCGGGCCCUGACCUGCCCCAGCUCUGCACCCGUGUGUCAGUCGGCCAGCUGAGAAGCGCCCUGCUGCAGCAAACGCGGACUGGAACUCAGGCUGAGGGAGUUGUCGCUGACAGCAGUGGCAUGGCCUCGACCCUUGACCUGGCAGUGAAGCCUGGUGGGGAGGGAGGUAGGCGUCGCACCCGGCGUUACCUCCCGGGGGGCGCGGCGGGGGGCCGCAAAACCAACGAGCGUUUCCGGACGCAGCCCGUCACGGCCUCGGAGAUGGAGGAGAGCUGUGGGUGUGUAGAGAGAGAGAGAGAAGAGAGGCAAAAAAUGGAUGUGAAAAUAGAUGACAGAGCCAAGAUGAGCGUGGCUGCCAAGAUGUCUCUGUUUAAAGAGUUGGAGAAGACUUCUGAUGCUUCCUCUUUCCUUAAGCCUCGCUCGUAUGAAAACAGAGUUCGUCGGAGCACACAGCCAAUCACCCGUGAGGAAAUGAUAGUGGGCGAGCCCCAGGCUUUGCAGGCCGACCUGGAAGUGGAAGACGAUGAGAGCUCUAAGCUGACCCUGAGUGAGAAACUGGCUCUGUUUAAUAAGCUGUCUCAGCCACGGGCCCCUGGGGGUGAGGGAAGCCCCUCUGCCGAGGCUACUGAGAGACGGAGGCAAAAAGGGGGGCGUUACCGCACUCAGCCAAUCACAGUGGAUGAAGUCAACCUGCUCCAGAAAGGGCCCGUCCAGCUGCCUCCGCUACGUCUGUCAGCUCACCUCUCUGACCGCCAGCAGGCCCUCUCCGUCAACCUCAAGCCCAGCGAAGUGCGUCAGUCCCAGCCGCGCUCGGACCAGGAGCGGGCACCUGGGCCGGAGCUCCUUACUGAGCCUACGUCCCAUCCGGCUGUGGACUACAGCUCCCAGCAUGCAUUGCAGCAGGGCUCUGAGGUGAAAGGCAUCCUGAAGAAAAGCCAGUCUGAGGCUCCUCGUUCUAGCGCGCCGUGGAGGCAAAGAACGAGACAGGACGUCUCCUCCUCUGUAUCCUCCGCCAGAAAUCGUCGCUCCUUUCCCGAGGAACACGCCACUACUCCUGCAGAAACCUCCUCCCAAACACAGCUCCCACAACACCUCCAAAUAGAUAAGACCUCCAUCAAUAAAGACAGACUAACUGACCAGUAUCAGGAAGAAGAGAGAAAAACUACACCUACUGUGAAACCACAGGAGCCUGUGUACUCCACUGUCUACUCCCCUCCUAGCAGCACAACCCAAUAUGUGAUGUGUUUCAAUGAGAGAAGUCUGUCAUAUGAAGCCCAGGAAGUGUCUUCACCAACACAAUCCCAGCCUCACUCAUGGAGACAGAGGAAGAACUCCGUUGAGUCAGACGCACCCACACAAAUGCAGACGGACAGACAAGAGACUCCUACUCCUGAAGUGUUCCAGGAGAUGCCCCGCCCCGUCACUGUGGAAACGGCUAAAGAGGUCGUGACCCCACAGGCCACGUCCCUGCCCAUAUGCAGGGAGGGUCAUGCAGACACGGAGCAAGACCUGAGUGAUCUGUGCCUGACCAACACGCCCAUUUUGAGUUCGGCGGUAGCAGAGCACAGACGGGCUGUGCGGCCGUCCCGUAGGACUCAGGGCUCACGGAAUCCGCUCCGUGCUCUGGCUGCCCGGGACGACAUCCGACAGGAUUUCAUGGAACCUCAGAACAAUGGCGCUGCCGUGGAAACCAACAGAAUUACUAAGAACUCCAAUGGUUCGUCAGCUGAUGUCACUUCCUCCGUCACUGUGACCAACAGCCACUAUAUACCGUUUACCAAUCUCAUGCUAAUCCAAAUCAAAGGGUGGAGUCAGGUGCAGGUUCGUCUGGUGGAGCCGGCGUCUCGUUCUCUGAACAGCGGUGACUGUUUCCUGCUCGUCACUCCGGUCCGGUGUUUCCUGUGGACUGGACGCUUCGCUAACGUCAACAAGAGAGUUCUGGCCUCUGAGAUGGCAUCACUCAUUGUCACCCAGCGGGAUCUGGGUUGCCAGACGACGGAGGCGGUGCUUCUUGAGGAGGGCGUGAACACUGACAGCGAAGAGGCCUUGGAGUUCUGGAACCUUCUGGGUGGAAAGGCAUUGUACAGAGGUUCUGGUACAACAGAGGAGGAUGAGCAGUAUGAGAGAGCCAUGACAGAGUCUAACUGUGUGUACCGCUUGCAUCAGGACCGACUGGUGCCACACGAACAGGGCUGGGCAUCCGCUCUCAGACGUUCACUGCUGGACUCCUCUCAGACCCUGCUGUUUGACUUUGGCAGCGAGCUGUACCUGUGGCACGGGAAAGAUGUUGGCCCUAGCGACAGGAAACUGGCACUGCAAUUGGCUCAGCAAGUGUGGGGCGGACCUUACGACUACAGUAACUGCAGGAUCAACCCCCUGGAUCCAUCAGGCACCAAUGCUCAGAUUCACCGGCAGGGUGUGGGGCGACCCGUUUGGGCUCUCUUUGGCCGUGUGUUUGAAGAGGGUGAGACCGUGCUUUUUAAGCUGAAGUUUGUGGACUGGAUCAAGCCAAAAGAAGCCGACCAAGACGCAGACAGUACCCCUCCUGGCCAGCAGGAGGUGCAAAAUCCUUUGCCUGUAUCUUCCCCUGUGUCUCCGCCCAUUGAACACUGGUCAUGUGAUGCCAAAGCCCUGUUUGCCGGACAAGGCGUGGCAAAUUCAGGGUCCAUCACACUGGAAGGUGUGGACGUACAAAGGGGACGGGACCUGGUCACCCUUAGCGACGGUCGGCAGGCGGAGCUGAGCACGGUUGCCGUGGAAACGUGGCAAGUUGGCGAGAACGGCGAGCAUGAGAUUCCUCCAAAUAGCUUGGGACACUUCCACGAGCACGACACUUACGUCGUGCGUUGGACGUAUCGCCUCAACGCGCUAGGUGAGAUACUGUGUCUGUUGGAUCAGAUCGUUGCCGAGAGUAACGGCACCGGUCAGCAAGGCUCCGCCCUCUUCCUCUGGCAGGGACGUCACUCGCGGGUUAGUGGGCAGGACUUGUCUCCAGCACUGACCUAUGCCGUUGAACCUCAGUCUCGGGUAUUGGUCAAUGAGGGGGAGGAACCGCCCUGUUUCCUGCAGCUGUUCCAAGGAGGGUUGGUCAUCCACGCCGGACACCGAGACGAAAGUAGCCAACACCCUGGUGGCUGGCGUUUGUUCUGUGUCCGGGGUGACAUGCCUCAGGAGGCCAGCCUCUUGGAGGUUGAAUGCUCCUGCUCUAGCUUACGCUCCCGUGGCUCCCUGGUCCUCCUUAAUGCCCAGCAGGGGGCGCUGCUCCUCUGGCAUGGCUGUAAAGCCCACGCCACUGCGCGGCAGGUGGCGAAACACGCAGCAGAACGCCUCACACACGUGUGUUCUCCUGUGCUGGGACUGAGCAGUGGCAGUCCUAUAAGGGUGCAGGAGGUAGAAGAAGGGGCGGAACCAACAGAGUUUUGGAACGCCAUUGGUCCACAAGACAGGAAGUCCUACGAUUGCAUGCUACAAGACCCUGGCAAAUACCAGUUCACUCCCCGCCUAUUCCACUUUAGUGUCCAAUCAGGAACCUUCAAGGGGGAAGAGCUGAUUAAUCCUGCACGUGUAACUGGUGUUGUCACGGCAAUGCCUUUCCUUCAGAGAAGGCUAUACUCUGUGCCUCAUCCAGCCCUCUUCUUGUUAGAUAACUGUAUGGAAGUGUACCUGUGGCAGGGUGGAGAAACUGUGGGGUCACAGCGCCCCCACUGGGACAAUGAGAGAAAAUGCGCCAUGGAGACUGCUCUGCAGUAUUGUAGGGAGAGGAAUCCCAGGCGGCCUCCUAUGGCAUACCUAAUUGAGGAGGGGGCGGAGCCUUUCACCUUCACUAACGUAUUUCCAUACUGGGAGAAGAGCCCACGAGCAAUGCAACAGGACGUGCGUAAGAAGCUGACCCUGGUACAGGAUGCCCUGGCUUUGCUCAGUAAGACUCAGUUUCCUUUGGAGAUACUGUUGAGAAGACCUUUACCAGAGGGGGUGGAUCCUAACCGUCUGGAGACAUACCUGUCUGAUCAUGAUUUUCAGAUGGUUUUGGAAAUGAAGAGAAGCGAUUACAACUCUCUCUCGGACUGGCAACAGAUCAACCUUAAAAAGAGCAAAGGGCUUUACUGA